UGUUCACCCGGAAAUUUCUUUAGAAACCAAUCUCCACAGCAGAAUAUCAUCAUCUAUGUGACACACGGUGCUCCUUCUAUGACUGUGGUGUGUCGAUGCCUCCCCUCUUUCUAUUUGGAGAGUAAAACAUUCCUAAUGGCAUCAAACCGAUUAGUGGCAAUUCAAUCUUCUACCGCACACACUGCCCACAGAUGCCCUGCUAACCCGUUUCAACAUGUUUCCGAGUUUCAUUUUAAGGCACAAGAUUUCUGUGCCACCAGUUCUUCCAACGAACAGUGCAAGAUGUUCAACGAAGUGGACCUGCGCUGCAUAUCAGUGAUUCUGAUCGACUUAAUCCAGUGA